GGCGGCGCGUGGUGCGGGGAGCAGGUUGCCAAGCGGGAGCGCGCCGCGUCGGGAGCAUUGCGGCCAUGGGGGUGGAAGUGGAGACCAUCACGCCGGGAGACGGAAGGACAUUUCCAAAGAAAGGCCAGACAUGUGUGGUCCAUUAUACAGGAAUGCUACAGAACGGAAAGAAGUUUGAUUCCUCCCGAGAUCGAAACAAGCCUUUCAGGUUCAAGAUCGGCAGGCAAGAGGUCAUUAAAGGAUUUGAGGAAGGCGCAGCACAGAUGAGCCUAGGACAAAGAGCAAAGUUGACCUGUACACCUGACAUGGCGUAUGGAACCACAGGGCAUCCCGGAGUCAUCCCUCCCAACGCUACUUUGAUUUUUGACGUGGAGCUGCUUAGGAUAGAGUAAAAAGAGGCAACUGACUAAAAGCACCUGUUGAUAACCACCAUUCCCCCCCCCCUUCCUCUCAAUGGGAGGCACCUUCAGUAGAAUUUCCAUCAUUUUCACUCAAACUCUCAUACCAACCAUGUCUAUCCUGAGGUUGUUUUCCCACUUCCCCCCCCUUUUUUACUGUUAUUAGUGUUAGAAUUUGCCCCUGAAUAGAUGCUUCUUUGCUGUAGAGACAGAAAAAAAAGAUGGCUGUUACAUCUGAGUUGUACAUUUUAUUUUAAUUUGCAUGUGAAGCUCCAAAAUUGUGAUUGAAACUAUAUAUAAAUAUAUACAUAUAUAUAAACCUAUAAAUAUAUAGAGAUUACUUACUGAAAAAACCACUGCCUUAUACACUUAAAGGAAGAAAAACACACACAAGGGUGCUCAGAAAUCCAGUGUACAUUUCGUACACGAGUGGGCAUUAGCCAAACCAAGUUACCUGCGCUGCCACUUUUCCCUCAAUUUGUAUGUUCUGCUUGCUGCUGUUUUAAAGAAAACAUCUCACGUGAUAACUUUCCAAGAAGAAAAAUAAAAUCUUGAUACUUUAUGGA